AUGCGUGGGCACUCUUGGGAGAGGUGGCCCAGCAUCCCUUUCUCUAUGGCUCGUAGGACCUCCGUCUCUACCGCUUGGUUGCGUGGGCCGCGUCUUGGAGCGCGGCCCACUCCCCUGCGCGAUCCAGGGGCCCACAACUUCAACCCAGGCGCAGGUUGGAGCUCGCUGCCCGAUCCUUUUCCCUAUCGAGCUGAACUCGACUUGCCUGUCCCGCAGCGGCGUAACUGCGCUCCAACUCCCACCAAAAAGGAGCACCGUGGACCAUCGCGCCUCAAGCCACCUCUGGGCUUCCCGGGACCGAUCCCCGCUCCCUGCUCCCGUGUGUGGAAAGACUGGAGUGUGUGCGUGCCCGCUCUCCAUGCGUGA